AUGACUGACUCAAACUACACACCACCAACUGCGGAGGAUAUAUUUCGCUACCGAUACCAGCAUGGGACCAACCUAGGCUCUAUGUUCGUCCACGGACCCUGGUUAAGUGAUGGCGCAUCGAGUAGUGACUCCGGAGGCUCCAAGGAGCUCGAAGAGGUAAAGAUAUCACUCAAGGCUUGCGGACUCGAGGAAACUCGCUCUAAAUGGGAAGCACACUGGCGGACUGCUCUGACCGACUUUGAUGUUAUAUGGCUCAAAGAUGUGGCACGAUGCAACUCAAUCCGUAUCCCGAUAGGCUUUUUUACCCUUGGGCCAGUCUUCUGUAUGGGUACAGAUUUCGAAGGCGAGCCAUCCGAGGUGUAUGUCAAUUGCUGGAAUAUGCUGAAACGUCUCGUCGAGAAAUGUUACCACCAUGGUAUCGGAGUCCUCCUUGACUUUCAGACUAUUCCAGGUAGUAUGGACCAGAACAGUCAUAGUGAAAUGGGGAUUGCUGACUUCUGCGCAAGUGAGCGCAAUUGGGCGAUAGCUACGGACUGCGUUGCUUUUAUCGUCCAGGAAGUUACGUAUCAUGCGAUGUCUGGGGUGAUUGGAGUUCAAAUAUCUAGCGAAACGGACUGGAAAACCUGUGAUCUUCGGAAAUGGUACGAUGAGGUUCUCGAGAUCACGAGCUGUAUCAACCCACCCCUACCCAUCUACAUCAGUGAUGGUAGGAAUUUUGCUGAAGCAUUGAACUAUGCCAUGGCAAAAAACCGACUUCAAAGUCCUAUGGUCAGGAGUCCGAUUAUCGUGGAUACCCACAAGUACUACACGACGGGAUCAUAUCAGCACAUGGACCCCGUGGCUAUCAUCUCACGACUUCGCAAUGAGCUAUCCGAACUUUCAACUCGUCAAGGCAAAGUGGGCUCUCAGAGAACUGCGGUAGACGCCUAUAUUGGACAAUACAGCUGCGCAAUGGAUGCACAAACCUGGGGUCGCGUGGAUGUGUCCGAGAGGCCGGUAUUAACCAAAGCCUUCGGUCAAGAACAGAAUAAACAGUGGGAGUCCAAAGCAUGCGGCUCCGCUUUCUUGGGCUUCAAAAUACACCGGAUAACUGGUGAUGAGUGGGACUUUGAGCGGCAAGUCAGCAAUGAUGCUAUACCGGCCCCUUCAUGGCUCGCAAUUCCCCGAGCACAAGUUAUCAGUAGAAUUACACAGGCCAAGGCCCACCGGUCGCAGUCUCGAGAGUCUGCUCUAUCACAACACUCGGACCCAUCGGAUACUCACAAGCACCAACAGUAUGUCCUUGGUUGGGAUCUUGGGUUCAAUGAUGCACUGAACUUCUUUGGCGCAUUGUCACGAGACGUUAUAGCAGGUGGUUGGAACGGAGGAGAAAAGAUCGGGGCAAUGGAGCUAUGGAUUCGAAAACGUUUCGCUGAGGCCGGAAAGUUGAAUGAGGACUUUGCUGAGGAAUGGGAGAAUGGCUUCAGGAAGGGCGUCAGCGACUUCUACGACCUGGUCAGUAUCAACACUAACAGUGUGCAAUGA